AUGAUGCUUUUGUUAGAAAAAGUUAUGCUGGAACAUUGUGAACGGGUGAAAUCAAUUGAUUUUCAUCCGUCAGAGACUUGGAUUAUUGCUUCUUUAUAUAAUGGAAAAGUGGUUAUUUGGAAUUAUGAAACAUCGGUGAGUAUCAGAACAUUUGAGGUUUCAUCAGUUCCUAUAAGGGCGGUUAAAUUUAUUUCUCGAAAGAAUUGGUUUGUUUGUGGAGCAGAUGAUUUUUUACUUCGGGUUUAUAAUUACAAUACGUUGGAGAAAAUUAAUCAGAUUGAAGCACAUAAUGAUUAUAUACGAUGCAUUGCAGUUCACCCUACGCAAUCUUUUUUGCUUACGGGAGGGGAUGAUAUGUUGAUUCGAUUGUGGGAUUGGGAAAAUUCGUGGAAAUGUUUAAGGGUUUUUGAAGGUCAUGGACACUAUGUAAUGGCGUUAGCAAUUAAUCCUAGAGAUACAAAUACGUUUGUUUCAUGCAAUUUGGAUCGAACGGUUAAAGUAUGGUCUUUGGGAUCAUCGUCAUCAAAUUAUACUCUUUGUGCAGGUGAAAGGGGUAUUAAUUAUGUGGAAUAUUAUCACGCAGGUGAUAAACCAUUUCUUAUUACUGCUAGUGAUGAUAGUUUGAUUAAAAUAUGGGAUUAUCAAACGAAAUCAUGUGUUCAAACUUUAGAAGGACAUUCCGAAAAUGUCUCUUUUGCUUGCUUUUAUCCAGAGCUUCCUAUUAUUAUUAGUGGUUCAGAAGAUGGAUCUAUUAAAGUAUGGAAUUCUAAUACAUAUAAACUUGAACAAACGUUUAAUUAUGGACUUGAAAGGGCAUGGUGUAUUGGCUAUCUUAAGGGAAACAAUACAGUAGCUAUUGGAUAUGAUGAGGGUAUACUUGUUUUAAAAAUAGGAAGGGAACAGCCAGCUGUAAGUAUGGAUAGUACGGGGAAGAUCAUUUGGGCAAAAUAUAAUGAUAUUCAUUCAUCUGUUAUUAAGCCUGCAAAUGAUAAUGAAGAUGUUAAAGAUGGUGUAAAUCUUGCUCUUUCUGUACGUGAUAUGGGUUCUUGUGAAAUUUAUCCACAGUCUUUACAGCAUUCUCCCAACGGACGUUUUGUAGUUGUUUGUGGAGAUGGUGAAUAUAUAAUUUAUACGGCUCUUGCAUGGAGAAAUAAAGCAUUUGGAUCUGCGCUUGAUUUUGCGUGGGCAUUUGAUUCUAAUGGAUAUGCUAUAAGAGAAUCAUCGACAAGCAUUCGUAUAUACAAAAAUUUUAAAGAAAGAACAACUCCUUUCUCUUGCGAAUUUAUAGCUGAUGGCAUUUUUGGAGGACAACUUCUUGGAAUUAAAGGGCAUGGAUUUCUUGCUUUUUAUGACUGGGAAACCUAUACUUUUAUUAGAAAGAUUGAUGUUUCACCAAAUGAGGUAUACUGGUCUGAGUCAGGCACAUUGCUUACCAUUGCAUGUGACGAUAUUUUUUAUCUCUUAAAAUUUAAUCAUGACAUUUAUAUCACUGCGAUUGAGAAUGGAAGUGUUCAUCCUGAUGACGGUGUUGAAGAUGCUUUUGAAGUAAUUACUAAUGUUUCUGAAUGUAUUAAAAGUGGAAAGUGGGCCGGUGAUUGUUUUAUUUAUUCUAAUUCAAUGAAUCGAGUAAAUUAUUUAGUUGGAAAUCAAGUAUAUACUAUUAGUCAUUUUGAUACUUGUGUCUAUGUUUUAGGUUAUAUUCCUCGUGAUGGAAAACUUUAUUUUGUUGAUAAAGAUAUUCAUAUUAUUCCAUAUGAAUUAUCUUUAUCUGUUGUAGAAUAUCAAACGUUGGUAUUGCGUGGUGAUAUUGAUGGUGCUUCAGAGCUUUUGAAAAAUAUUCCUCAAAAUCAAAUGACUAAAAUAGCAAGAUUCUUGGAUGGACAAGGAUAUAAGGAUUUGGCUAUGAAUAUCACAACAGAUUUAGAACAGCGUUUUGAUUUAGCUAUUCAAUUACGCAGGCUUAAUAUCGCUGUUGAAGUUGCCCAAAAGAUGAAUUUAGAGUCUAAAUGGAAAAUAUUAGGAGAUGUUUCCUUAUUAAACUGGGAUUUAUGCCUUUCUGAAGAAUGUUAUAUAAAAGCAAAUGAUCUUGAAAAUUUACUUUUGUUAUAUUCUUCUACUGGAAAUAUUGAAAAAAUGAAAAUGCUUGCUAAAAACGCUUUGGAUUCUGGAAAAAAUAAUAUUGCAUUUACCUGCUUAUUGCAAAUUCAGGAUGUUGAUGGCUGUACUGAUAUCUUUUUGAAUACAAAAAGAUUCCCUGAAGCUUGUCUUUUUGCACGAACAUAUGCACCAAGUCAAAUAGAAAGAGUUUUAAAGCAAUGGAAAGAAUAUCUAGAACAAAAAGAGAGGCAUAAACUUGUAGAUCUACUUGUAACAUCUACGGAGGAUAUUAGUUUUUUUCCAGAUUUAGAAAAAACCUUAGACUUAGAAAAAGAGUUCAGAAGAAUUAAUUUAGAAAGAAAUAACUUUAAUAAUUAUGACUCAAUUAAUAAUUUUGAUUAUAAGAAAGAUUCUAAUGAUUCCCAAGAUUCGGGUUUAAUUGAUAAUAUUUCGCAUUCUACAACAAUUUCAAUACUUUCGGAUGAUAUGAACAGAAAAAUUGAUAUAACUAAAAAUGAAUUAAUUGAUAACGAUUUGGAUUCCAAAAAUAUUGAUGAGUAA